AUGAAUAUGGAAGCCAAGAACGGCUCCCCGGUUCCUGCAGAGGACUUCAGUGGGGAUCGUGACUCAGCCGAUAUUACAGAACACGAACAAAUGGACAUAAAGCCCAAAACGAAUGGUGAUAGCAAAGCGGACCGCAAAGCAGCCAACGCCAAGGAUCCCUCCCGACCGCGACGGAAGAAGGCCCGACGAGCUUGCUUUGCAUGCCAACGAGCCCAUUUGACUUGCGGCGACGAACGACCGUGUCAACGGUGCAUCAAACGCGGUCUUCAAGAUGCUUGCCAUGAUGGCGUUCGCAAGAAGGCCAAGUAUCUUCAUGAUGCCCCCGACGGAGCGUUGAUGCCAGCUGUCAGUGCUAGCAAUAACACUAGUCUAUACAACACCACACUGCGCAAUAAUAUGCCUAUGUCUAGAAAUGGCGCAAAUACUGUCAACCCCAACCAGCAACACAGCCAACAACUUGGUCAACAACAUAGUCAGCAGCACAACCAACAACAUAACCAACAACCGACCAACUCGACAAGUAGCAACUUUUAUCCUACGCCCCAGACACAGGCAGGAUCUUACAAUCCCUACCAGGAAUCCUCCAUGAGCCAAAGCCCUUUUACCACGCAAUCACCCGUUUCACCUACUUUCAACAUGAAGAGCAGCACCAAUGGUCGGAACCCGAGUCUUUCGUCGACCGUGAACCAGCAGCCUACUCCAAGUACUGCUCUCUCUGGGGAUACAAGUCAGUCUCAGAAUCCUUUUGCAGGCCCAUUUUUUGAUCCCAGUGAUCCAGCUCUCUUCAACUUUGAUCUAUCGAGCAUGAACUUCGAAAAUCGAUACGGUGCUUUGGAAUUCGGUAUGCUUGGACAUAUGGCCACCGGGGCGGCCGGUGACUCUCCAACUGAUUCCGCAGGACAGCGGGGUUCGAUCGGCCGCAGUGGAUCAGCCCAGUUCUCCACACCAGCUCCUGGAUUUGGAGAAAGCCCGGGGAAUCAACCUUUCAUGUUUGGCGAUCCCCUCUUAAAUGAUUGGACGACAGGGCCGGCCUCGGGCCAGCAUGUGAAUGUUGGGGGGGUGUAUGGUCAAAAUAGCAUGCUCUCCGAACACAUGAAAGCAAAUGCACCACAUGCAUUUGCGAUCGAAACUGGGCCAGCAAGUUUCACUAGUCCUGGCUCGGCCACAAGCCCGAACAUUACAACGGCUACAUUCGAUGACGGCCCAUUCAACAAUGUCGCUCCUGCUCCCAAGUCCAAGUCCAACAGCCUGGUGCCGAAUGGGCAACGCCAGGUGGCGUCAUCGUCGAUCUUGAAGCACCCAAAUUUGCAGGUUGGCCCUAAACGGCGUCACCGCAAUCCUUCAUCAAUAUACGAGAGUGUGAAGGAGCCGUAUGCUUACACAAGUGGUUUCCACAAUCUCACUGCUUUCAUCCAACGUCGCUUUACGCCACAAAAGACCGUACGAAUUGCCAAGGCCCUUGCGUCUAUCCGACCCUCUUUUAUCGCAACUACUAAGACCCUUAAUCGUGAUGAUCUCAUUUUCAUGGAAAAAUGCUUCCAGCGAACCCUCUGGGAGUACGAGGACUUCAUCAAUGCAUGUGGAACACCGACCAUUGUCUGCCGACGCACUGGCGAGAUCGCGGCCGUGGGUAAGGAGUUCAGCAUCCUGACUGGAUGGAAAAAGGACGUGCUUCUAGGAAAAGAGGCAAACCUCAACGUCAACACUGGUGCGUCAGGCGUACCCCAAUCUGGGACAACGUCACGCGGCAGUUUCACGCCGCGUGGCUCAACAUUAGAAAAUGCCAAUAGUGGACGCCCCCAGCCGGUGUUUUUGGCUGAGCUCCUCGAUGAUGACAGCGUUGUAGAGUUCUACGAGGACUUUGCGCGUCUGGCAUUCGGGGAUUCUCGUGGCAGUGUCAUGACUCGGUGCAAGCUGCUUAAAUACAAGACCAAGGAGGAUAUGGAGGUUGCACAGUCCGAUGAUAACGGGAAAUGGAACAACCAUCUCCGCAAGGGUGGAAUUGCUGGCGAGGCUGGCAUGAACCAGCUCGGUUUCAAGGAUGGAAAGGUUGAUUGCGCGUACUGCUGGACAGUGAAACGCGACGUGUUCGAUAUCCCGAUGCUCAUUGUGAUGAACUUCUUGCCAUGCAUCUGA